AGGGGACGUUGUCAUAGAAACCGAGGUGGCCGUUACCAAGGUUUAAGUCAGAGAUUGUGAAUAGUUUUUGUUUGUUUUAAAAUUAAAAAUUGUCUCCAUGUCUCUCAAGCACACGUUAGCAGCUCCCCAAAAGUAUGUUUCAAAUGUAAGCUAAAUAUAAAAUAGAAAGCAAUUGCCAACACAAUUGUCGUCGGUCCUCCGAAGACCAAAUUCAGCAUCUUAAAAAAAAACAGGAUUUGGAAAGCAGUAAACGAGUAUCGUUAGAGGGAGCCCUUCUGCCAUGACUUCGUUCAUUCAAGCCUCAAGGAUGUUUCCCGUGUCUCUGGACUCGAUUGACUUCCCUUGGCUGCGGCGCUUUCCUGUGUGUGUUUAGUUUCUUCAGAAAAUGGCUGGUGAAGAGGCUUUGCAGCCUGCCAUGUUCAUGUUAUUGUACAUGCUGAUGAAAAGAAGGAGUGAUAUUAACAAUGCUAACGUUCAGAGACGCAAUGAAAUACAAAGGCGAGUGAGGCACAGGCAGUACUUCUUUCAGAGGCAAAGGAGAAUACUUAUGAUGCUGAUCGCACGCAGCAGUAGGUGCACCUGUUGCUGCCGGACGCGAGCCUGGACCAACAUCCAGAGCACCGAUUGGUGGGAGCGGGUGGUGAUGAACGAGUUUGAGCCCUGCGAUUGGCUGGAGAAGUUCCGCAUGUCCAAGGACACCUUCUUCUUCAUCUGUAACAAACUGAAGCCCAAACUGGCCCGGCAGGACACCCACUUCCGUCCUGCGCUGCCCCUGGAGAAGCGCGUGGCCGUGGCUUUGUGGCGUCUUGCCACCAACGUUGAGUACCGAACCAUCAGUGUUCUGUUCGGGGUGGGGCGCUCCACUGUUUGUAAGUGUGUCCGAGACGUGUGCCACGCCAUUGUGUCCCUUCUGAAGCCCCUCUAUCUGCAGGAGCCCAGCGAACAUGAGUUUGAAGACAUGGCCCGCCUUUUCAAUAAUCGCUGGGGGUUCCCUCACUGUGUGGGAGCUGUUGACAGCCUCCACCUCUCCAUCAUCGCUCCUCCGCAGUACACCGUUGACUACUGGAACAGCAAGUGCUGGCACUCGGUCGUGCUCCAAGGGGUGGUCAACGGGCUGGGACAGUUCUGGGACGUCUGUGCGGGUAUGCCAGGUAGCACCGAAGACGUCACCAUCCUCCAAAACUCCACUUUGUGGGGCACUGCCUCCGAAGGGGGGCUGUCCCCCGAGCCGCCCAAGCAGUUCAUGGGCAGGCCCUUGAAGUAUUUCCUCCUGGGUGAUGCGGCUUACCCUCUCCAAAGCUGGCUGCUCAAGCCGUACCCGGAGUCCAGUGACCUGACACCCCGGCAGCUGAAGUUUAAUUACCGACUGAACCGCGCCCGCAGCGUGAUCGAGAACGCUUUCCUGCGACUCAAGGCGCGCUGGCAGUGCCUGCACAAGCGCAACGACUGCAGCUUGGAUCUGGUGCCCACCAUGAUCCUGGCCUGCUGCAUCCUGCACAACAUGUGCGAGGUGCACAGCGACACCUUCAACGAGGAGUGGCUGGAGGCUAUCAGUCAGGCUGACUUCCCCCAGCCCUGCGACAUCGUCCCAGAGAACACAGACGACCCAGAGGCGGAGGAGGUCCGCUCCCUGUUAUGCGAUUAUUUCCAGCAACAGCAAGAGUAGGGAGUGAGCAGUGAGGCUGUCAAAAGCUACUCCACUGCCCCUUCUCAAAUGCGUUCUGGUUGAGCACCGUGCUCGUUUCCAUAGACGCCAGUAAAAGCUUUCAUAAAAAAAAAUAUAUAUAUAUAUUUAUGAUUUUGACCCUUGGCAGCUACUGUAUUGAGCCGUGCUGUGUGCUCAACCAGCCUGCCCUAGGAAUGCUUUACUGCCAUUCUUCACACUGGGACCUGAACCAAGCUUCUCAAUUCAGAUUGUGACCGUGAAUAAAAUGGUCACAAGAACAGUGCCCCCUGUUUACUUCAUUGCCCCCUUUUUGUGCCCACCUUUUUUUGGGGGGAUCAUUUUUGUCAGUGUUAUGAAACUAGAGAUAACUUGUUUCACUGAUUGUGUAUAUUCUAGCAGUGAUUUAUAAUGCUAUUAGAUGUCUAGUUUUGUAUAUACUCAGUUGUAUGGUUGCAAUUUCACUGCAACUUUAUUUUGUACUUUUGUUUUUAACUUUAUACUGUAAAUCAUUUUUACAAAUCUAAAGGCGUUUGUGCAUGUGUGCAGUUCUGUAACCUAGUGUUGUCACAUGCAUUUAAUUGUUUAAAUAAAUCUUCAAUGCAGUGCUAUUAAUUUUGUCAGAAAUUGUUGGUGUAGUUGUUUCUGGAUUUGUCCCCCAAGUAAUCCUCAGGCUAAUACAUAGAACUCCUACCACCCUGGCUGAAGGAGCAAGCUCAGCUCACCUGAGACAGUGGUAGCUUUGCAGCCGGGAAGCUGUGAGUUCAGAUCACGAGAUCCCAUGAACAUUGUUAUCGGUACUUUCCGCUUGCAUAAGUGCUUGACCCCAUUCAAAUUCAGCUUCUAUUACGAGCAAUCCGCUUUGGAUAACAUUAAGAGGAUGUCUAGUUACUGCUGGAUCUGCAGUGUAUUAAUAAACUCUGCUGUGAAGCACAAACGCUGUAAGCCUGUAAAGUGAUUGCUGUUUGUAAAUUAUUUUGAAGAUCCUG